UAUCCAGUGGGGCUAGGAAGUGGCGGUGCCCCAGACUGAAACACUAAUACACUCUAGCCUAUAGGAGCGGCUAUCCGUCCAAAUAGAUUACUCUUAUCUUGAAUUUGCCACCAACCUUCUUGACUUCAACUCUCUAUGUCUGCAGCCAGCCAGUAUGAACGCAGCCCGCAUUCAAAAACUACCGCACAAACAAACUUCUUCCACGGCAAGAUUGAGCUGUGUGGGAUGCACUAAACGGAAAGUCAAAUGCGAUAGGCUUAUUCCCUGCACUAACUGCCGGACUGCAGGGGUUUUGUGUGUUCCGGUCGAGAGGAGACGACUUCCUCGUGGGAGGUCUCGUAGGCCAGAGACUGUUUCGUCACAAGUUCCUAUGGGUCAUGAUGGUACGAUAGUCUCGUCGCAACUCCCACGGGGAAGUUGGUUUCCAGAAUCAACCUCGUCGGAUUCGAUGUCGAUGACAUCGCCCAGCGGAGGAAUGUUUAACCACUCUAUACAGGCAUCUCACCCUACCACAGGUCUUGAUGGCACCCGUAGGAGAAUGGCAUGGGAUCAAACUAACAGCCCCGGUUGGGUUAUCGACCCGUGCCCUCAAUUCAUUCCAAACGAGGCCCUCUUCCACUGGACAGGGGCAGCUAGUUAUCGAGAGCGUCAACAGCUGCUGCAGAUCUACCUUUCUCAGGUCGACCCGAUCGUGAAGAUCAUACAUGGUCCCUCACUUCGGGCCCAUCUAUUGGAAGGAAAAUGCUACUUGAACUAUGGCCCUUGGCAUCCAGCACCUGCAGCCCUUGCAUCUGCCGUCUACUAUGCUGCCAGCUGUACUUUGAGCCCAGAAACCUGUCUUUCCUCUUUCGGAACAGACAAAGCGUCUUUGAUCUCCAAGUAUCAGAAUGAAUCAAGAUAUGCUCUCGAACGAGUAGACUAUGUGUUGACAGAAGACCUCACGGUUCUUCAAGCAUUUGUUAUCUCUUUGAUCGCAAUGAGAUGCCACGACCGCACUCGACGCUUCUGGACAAUGCUUGCCCUUGCGUUGCGUAUCGCACAGGCUCUAUCCCUGCACGAUCCUAAUCCCCCGUUUCCUAUGAAAGCAUUUGAGAGAGAGAUGCGCCGCCGACUAUGGCACGCCAUUGGCUGGCUGGACAUUCAAGCAUCCUUAAGUAGUGCAUCCGAGCCAAUGAUGCAAACAAGCUGGCUCAGAUUCCAACCCUUUCUCGAUCUGAAUGACGAUGAAUUCAGCGCGGACCUUGAGAUACAAGUAUCCACAGGCAGGAAAAUCUCCGAGACUUCUCUUUUCCAUGUUCUUUCCUACGCUCAGGAAACGACCCGAUACUUGACAAUCCCGAACUCCACGCGAUCCACAAAUGCCCGACGGCAACAAACUUUAACAUUCAAGAAACGCACAGACGAGUUGCUCGUCGGGAUUCAACCCGACAAGAACAAUUUCCACUGGUACCUCAAGGAGCUUGCUCAUUCCAUCGAGGUAUUCCUGCAACUUCUUGCUGUCCGGCCACCACAAAAAAACCCCGUUUUCGAACCAUGCCCCGUCACCAACGUCCGAACAUUGAGGCUAGCCGUAGAGGCCCUUGACUCGAGACGUCGGGUGUAUAGUAGCGCCAAAACUCAACAGUGGCGGUGGAUCCAUCCUCUGUUUUUUCCUUGGCAGGCACUGGCCGUUGCUCUUGCUGAGGUUCAGGUCUGUGAUGAUAUACGGUUAGUGGAGAGUAUCUGGCCGCUCAUCGAGCAAACUUAUCUGUCGUUCAAUACCCUCGAUAUUGAGUCGCCAACGGGUCGGCUGCGACAAUUGAUGCACGACAUGAUGGAGCGAGCUAGGAUGUCGUAUAAUCGAAUGUUGCUGGUUUCUCUAGGUGAUGAAAGUGGGGGGUCGAUCUUGUCCUGGGGACUUUUGUCAUCGAUGUUACAGCCAGGCACUGGUCAUCAGGCAGAUGAGUCUUGGAUUCAGGUGGCUGAUGUGGGAAAUGAAACAUGGGUCGACAGGGACUUGAUUGAUCUCGGUUCUCUUGGACCGGGAUUUCACGAUACCAACUCGGCUGGCUUUGGUGUCGAUGAUCCAUGCGCUUUACCGGCGAGUGAUUCGGUGGUGUUGUUACAAUAGGUCACUUCCCAACGAUAUCGUCAUACCCUCACUUGGAUCUCUCAGACCCAGACAGCAUCAGUCAGUCAGAACCCAGGUGGUGUUGACUGAGUGGUUAUCUGUCAUACAUGAUAUCCCCAACUAUCUCUCCUAAGUAAUGAUCUAGAGACUAUCAGAG